AUGAUCAGCAAGGUUAAACUAUUUGUGAUCUUAGGUAUCGUGUUGGUCGUUGUUGUUGUUGCUGUUAUUGUCGGAGUUGUCGUUCAUAAAAACAGCGACGACAGCGACAGCGACGGCGACGGUACCAAAAUCGAUGAUUUUGUCGUUCAAACAGAAUGUGGACCUGUCAAGGGAAUAACAGAAAGGGUUCUUGCUUUUUCGACUGUCAAGAAUGUGACGACAUAUGUUUAUAAAGGUAUUCCUUACGCGAAACCCCCUGUUGGUGAUUUGAGAUGGGCUCCACCUGUUCGGUUAAGUGAUGACAAAAGAAAUUGUUGGAAGGGUACGUUUAUUGCGAAGACGUUUGGAAAUAAAUGUGCACAAGUUGUAAAGGGAAAGACUGUUGGUUCUGAAGAUUGUUUAUAUUUAAAUGUCCACACUCCUAAUCUGACAGGGAACUUACCAGUGUUUGUGUGGAUACAUGGAGGUGGCUUGAUGAAUGGCGAAGGCGAAACCUACGGUUAUUCACCAGAUAGCGAGUUUGUCGCAUCCAUGAAUAUCGUAUCAGUCAGCAUAAACUAUCGUUUAAGCGCCUUUGGAUUUUUAACAUUGAAGGAAUUAAGGAAAAAUGGAACAGAUGGAAAUUAUGGAAUAAUGGAUCAAAUACUAGUGCUGAAAUGGAUUCAAAGUAACAUCAAAAACUUUGGAGGUGACCCUAACUCUGUUACUCUCUGUGGAGAAAGUUCUGGUGGUACAGCUAUAUUCGCUUUGCUUGCUUCUCCAUUAGCUGACGGAUUGUUUCAUAAAGCAAUACCAAUGAGCGGAUCUCCUAAAUUUGAGAAAUCCUACAUCGAUGCUGAGAACGAGAAUCGUAUUUUUAUCAACAAUAGUAAAUGUAGAACGUUUAACACCUCAGACGAGAUUCGAACAUGCCUGUACGGUUUAAAUACAGAAGAAGUGAACCAAGCUGUUCCAGGACAGGUAUAUCCAUAUUGGGAUGGGCCAGACCUUUUUGAUUUCCCAACAAAGGGAUUCCUUGCGGGUGCUCUUGUUGUAGUUGAUGGAAAUGUUGUUCCUAAACCACCAAAGAAUCUAUCACAAAUCAACUUCAAUAGUGCAACGAAUGUUUCUAUUCUGAUGGGUUACACUGCCCAGGAGAUAAACGUUGAGCCAGUUAAAAGAUUUAUAGGCGAAAACGCUUCGUCUGAAGUUAAAGAAUUUAUUAAAGGUCGAUUGGAUAACUUUAGAUCAAAGUUUAUGAAUGAAGUGUGGGACGAUUUAUACAAGAGUCAAACUGAGAACUUAACAACUGAUAGAGAGGCGCAACAUUUAUACGAAACCAUGGCAACAGAUGUUAGAGUGAGCUGCCCGACAAACAAGUUAGCAAAGGAUUUCCGAAAAAGCAAGCAUCAUAACGUUUAUCAGUAUGUCGUGACCAAUGCACCUGCAACCCCUAUCAUCGCACCACCAAUCUAUUGGUUCAAUGCAUUUCAUAUUUGGGAUACUUAUGCUCUGUUUGGCUAUAAGAGUAUUAUAUUUGUAAUGAAGCAUAGCGUUUCUGGCAGCGAUAUCGAGUUUAUGAAAUCAAUUCGAGCAACUGUGCUGAAGUUUAUGAAGGAAGGUUCGGUAGACUGGAAAACCACGCAAACUGGUAUUUUCAAUCAAGAUGGUGGUGUCACUGUGAUCAACGAUGAUUACCAACAAAGACAGUGCGAGUUUUGGAAUGAUGCUAAAAACGGAUUUGUUCCUUAUGCUUGGAUCAAUUAA